AUGUCAUCUGAUGAUAAGAAUGAAAAUGUCUCCGAAAUCAAAAUUUCUAAUCAAUCUGAUAAUAAAAAAGAAACUGAUGAAAUUCCAAUUUAUACUAAAGAAUUUUUUGAGGAAACUUCAAAAAUUCAAUUAGAAUCAUUUAAAAUGCUUGAUCCUUUAAGUCGUGAAACAAUAUUAGAUAUUACAAGAAAAUGGCAAGAAAAUAUUAGAAAAAAUCUUGAAACAGUUAUUCCAUUAGAUGGAAGUUCAGAGCGUUCAUUAAAGAGAAAAUAUUGGGAUGCAUUUAAAAAAAGAUCUCUUGAUGUGGUUAUUAAUUCUAAAACUAAAAAAAUUCAUCAAGAACAGGAAAUGAUAGAAAAAGAUAAACAAAAGGAUGAUAAAAUUGCGAAAUUGGAAAAUGCAGUUAAAUUAUUAUUAGAAUCAAAUCCUAGUGUUUCUCCUGAAGUUUUAAAAUUAUUCAAAACUCUUUGGAUAAUUCAUAUCGAUCAAGAAAAUAUCAUUAAAAAUAUUGGUGUUUUAGAUAAUAUAAUUGAAAGAAAUAUUAUUUCUCAUUUGCAUGAUGGUGUUGAUGUCGAUAAUGAUAUUAUUCAAAAUACUUUAAAAAAAUGGAUUGAAAAGUAUUUUGAUAAUGGAAAAUAUUCCAAA